CCUAGCAUCUUGGUUUCGUCCUGAAAGCGAACGCGACGAUGUCGCCAAAUGACGAUGAUGUCGCCCGGAGAUGGACCACGUUACGACGGAACUUCUUGCCGAGAAUGUCGCCGGCGGCUGUGCAGUUGUCCGUCGGCCGAGCGACGACCGUUGCGAAAUCGUCGUGCGUACUUAUCGACGAGUACACCAGCCACAGCACGGUUCACGGAAUGCGAUACAUAUCCAAAGCCAGUCUGCUGGAGAAAAUUUUUUGGAUUACAAUGUUAACCAUUUGUGGACUAUCAGCAUGUUAUAUUGGCAACCAGUUAUGGCUCAAGUUCCGUUCCAAACCUACACAACUGGCAGUUAAAGACACUCAUGUGCCUUUGUACGAGUUUCCAUUCCCUUCGAUUACCAUCUGUCCAGCAAUCAAGGUCAAAAAGACAGUAGGUCUUGAAUACUUUUCAAGGUACAUCAGUAUCGACAACGAUACAGUGCGAGCUGGAUUAUUGAAUAUAAUGAGCGCCUUAUCGACGAUGCAACAGCCGACUUAUUUUCGAAUGGCGGAGUACGUAGAUAAGGCCAAACACUUGUUGCCACUGUUUACAAAUAUAAACUUAACUGAUUUUAUGUUGACGACACUGCCGACAUGUAAUGAACUAUUUGGCCGGUGCAAAUGGCACGGUGAAAUUAUAUCGUGUUGCGACGCGUUCUCGCUUCAGAGGACCGAGGAAGGAUUUUGUUAUUCGUUCAAUUCUCUAACUUCCGAAGCUGGAAAUCAUUGCCCUCUUUCCGAAGUGUUAGAAAACGAAGGCAUCGUCGAAGAAGAUGACUAUAUGUAUCCUGGAUGUGAACUGAGGAGAAAUACCGCCGUAGGUACAGUCACGGGUCUAGAAGUAUUUCUGUACAAAACAAAUAUGUCCGAAUCGUUGGGCCUGGGACAGCGUGACAUAGACGGUGCUAGGAUCAUGAUCCACACGUCGUACCAGUUUCCAAACGCGGGAGACGGUAUAUGGUUGAGGUCCGAACAGGGCCGACGACUGAACAUCAUGAUUUCACCGGUGAUAACCGUCACCAGUAGUCGGGUAAAAGAUCUGAGUGUGGCGACGCGGGGCUGCGUGUUUCCGGAUGAAAGGGAGUUGUACAUCUAUCACGUGUACACGCAGAGUUCGUGUCUGAUCCAAUGCCGCAUGGAAUUCAUCUUGUACACGUGCGGUUGUCACAUGUAUUUUUUCGUAACACCCGAUGAUGGAAAACCAAUGUGUGGUAUAGCAGAUCUAACUUGCAUAAAUCAUAAUACCCGUCAUAUUAGAAUGCUAACUCCACCCAAAGGUACUCCUGGUUUUGAGGAUCGACUCAUACGUGAUUCACUAGAUUGUUCACAGUGCAUACCUACUUGUUACGAGACAACGCAUGAAAUCGAGAUGGAGUCGUCUCCAGAUCAAAGAACGUCCGUUUGGAAACUGUUCAGCUAUUUGGACGUGGCAUAUGGAAACUUGGGUUCCAAAAAAUAUCAAAGGGACAUAACUUUUGCUUGGACAGAUCUUUUAGUGGCACUGGGCGGUGUCGCCAACUUGUUUUUGGGGUUCAGCAUAUUGAGUGUAGUCGAAUUCAUUUAUUGGACGCUGAAAAUAUGUGUCAUUGCAAUCAUUAGACUUACACAAAUCAUACGCACAAACAUGAAUCCCAAACCGGGACCAACGUUUUGGAAAAAAGAAUUCGCUUGGUCUUAUUCAACCGUCGAAAGACUGGCGAUAGCCAAGAGUAAACGGCUGGGCAAUAUUUUCAGAGAAUACGCUCGUUACUGUACCGUACACGGAGUCCAAUACAUUUUUAAAGAUAAUUCCAGUUUCAUUGAACGGUGCGCUUGGUUAGUCAUCGUGUUGACUAGUUUCGUUUGCGCAAGUAUUCUAGUACAUACCAUGUGGCUAAAGUUCAACUCCUCGCCGACAGUUACCGCGGUCAAGGACACGCACUUGGCGUUGUACUCGCUCCCGUUUCCAGCCGUCAACGUCUGUCCCAUGGACAAGAUAAAACGUUUGGUGGCCCAUAAGUACGUGGCCGACAGAAUAAACGUUUCAUAUCAAGAGUCCGAAUUGGACAAUUUCCUCAACGCGUUGACACUAUUUCAGCACCCGCUCUACAAUAGAAUGUUAUACUACAUAAAUAACGAAAUAGGUGGUUUUUUUUCCAAAUUAACCACCAUUAAUAUUACAGAUUUUAUGUUACAGGUAAUGCCGACAUGUAACGAAGUGUUCAACGCUUGUUUUUGGAUAGGACACUCUUACAAUUGUUGCGACUUGUUCAGCUUACAGAGAUCUGAGGAGGGUUUUUGCUAUUCAUUCAACUCGUUGACUUCUGUUAAAAAAUCGGCUUGUCCCAUGUUUAGCACCCUGGAGACUGAUACGGAUACGGCUUAUACAAACUCUACGAACUGGGAAUGUGUACUGAGACGCAAUACAGCAGCCGGUUCUACUUCGGGAUUGCAAAUUUUUUUCAAGCAAUUUGCCAAAUCAGAACGCUUGAUAAACGCUUCUAUAAUUACUGGUCAACCGGCUGUCAGGGUUCAAGUAUUUUAUGUGAACGAGUAUCCAGAAUCCGGUAUGGGCAGCAUUGUCACGGCAAAGAAGGGGACUAAACUAAGUAUUAUGGUAAAACCAUUUGUCACAAUAAGCACGGAUAGAAUCAAACAGCUCCCCGUGGUGGAGCGGUUUUGUUAUUUUCCCGAUGAACAACAUUUGAGUGUGUCGAGGUCGUACACUCAAAAGUCAUGUCUCAUAGAAUGCCGUUUAAAUUAUUUACACAGAAAAUGCGAUUGCCGUCCAUAUUAUUUCAAUAUGCUUGAUAAUCGUAUACCGAUAUGCAACUCGACACAGCUGUUAUGCAUCGCACAGCACAAUAGUGAGUUACGUUUCUACAGUCCACCGAUAGGCAACAUAAGAGGUUUCCUGCUGACAGAGAUGAAGUCACCUCUCAACUGUUCCCAGUGCUUGCCCACGUGCCACGAAAGCGUGUUUGAUCUGGACGUGGAUUAUUCGUUGGAUUCGCUGCCACUGACGAGGAGCAGUUACGGAUCUGUGGACAUAUUCUAUAGGAACGAGGGAGCAGUGAAGUAUGAGAGGGACGUGACGUUCGGCUGGAUCGACUUGCUGGUGUCAUUUGGAGGCAUUGCAGGUCUGUUUUUGGGAUUUAGUUUGUUGACAAUUAUUGAAUUUGUGUACUGGGGUAUUAAGUUCCUCAUAUAUCAAUACAAUAAGCCUUCUUCAUCAACAAAUAAGAUAACACCUAAAUAUUAAUAAUUGCAUGUUUAUUAAAUUAUGAAACAUUACUGUUAUAAAAAUAUAUAAUAUAUUAUAAUUAUUUAAUGACAACUCACAUACUGUAAAAUCUUAAUAUAAAACAUUGGUAUAACAAUAAUAUAAUAUUCAUAGAUUAGAAAUUACAUUUUAACAUAAUAUAACUUAUACUUAAUGUUUUA